AUGACAACUAUUCGUGCCAUCAACAAGGUCCAAUAUGUUCUUCAAGCACAGCUCAGUGGAGCAGUUGUCUUAUUCAAAGAUCUUUUACCUCCAAAAGAAUUCAAAAAUGUCUUGAAUAUCUGUAAAGUAAUGAGUUAUAAGAUUCAAUUCAAAUAUACAGAAUAUGCAACGUUUGGUUAG